UAUAUAAAGAGUGUAACAAUGGGAAAAAUAGAAGAUCGUCGCUCAAAGCGUAGCAAACGACAAAAACCAGCCAGGUUUGCUUCGCCUACUGAGUCCCCAUCAUCGCCGACUCCGGCUAACUCCGUUUCCGAGUCAUCUGACGCGGUAACACCUCAGACAGUCGCACCAACAGCUUCCAAGACUACAGUGUCAACUACUUCGGCAAACAACAGCAAGAAUAAUGAAGUGGGUAGCCAACGUUCGCGUUCUGCUGCCAGCACAAAAUCAUUGCCCGGCAAUGCAACGCCUCCAAGCGGUUCCACAAAGAAGCCGAGGAAGCGUCGCAAUAGCGAUACAUCUAGCGAUGAAGAACGUUGGCUGAAUGCCAUCGAAACGGGUAAACUGGAAGACGUCGAUGACGAGUUGAAAAAGAUAAAGGAUCCCAAACUGAUGACAGCGCGUCAGCGUGCCAUGUAUGAACGGACGCAAGACGCCGAGCCGGCACUAGCGGGCUUUGCUGAAGAGCUCAUUGCCCUGCCAAGCGGGUAUAGGGAGAAAGAGAAGCCACAGACGGCCGAAGAGAUACAAAAGGCAGCGCUGAAGUCACAAAAACGCAAGCAACAGGCGGACGAGCGUCGUGAGAAGGACAAACAGAAGACGAUGGAGCGUCUGCUGAAGAAGCAGGAAAAUGGCAAACAGCGCACGGCAGCACGAAAACUGCAAAACCAAAAGCAGACAACACCAUUGCUUACCUACAUGAAUACCCUAGAUGGAGCCUAUAUUAUAGUGCCACCAGGCCAGGAGUUUCCAAUUGAACCCCAGACCGCAAUCAAGCCGCCGCCAGCCAAACUAUGCGGCGUCGCAGGCUGUGGCAAACGCAAAGUGUACAAUUGCUCCAAGACGAAUAUUCCGCUAUGUAGUUUAGCUUGUUAUAAGAAAAAUUUAGCUGUUGUUUAAUUAUAGUAUUAUUAAGAAAGUAUAUUUUAUUGAUUCA